AUGUCGUCGACGUUGGAUUCGUCGACGCGAGAUCGGCUCUCACCAUUGCCAGUGAAAUCCCAGCUCACACUACCCACAAUUGGAUUAACGCCAAGCCCAGAUCAUAUAAAAGAAGCUGACUCACGACGAAACAGUCUCAAAUCCGCAUCUGCUUACAGUAUAUCGAAUCUGUUAGAUGGAUCGACGAAAGAAUUGCUUCCGGUUUCACACAGUAGAGCCAGCAGUUCCACUGUUUCUGAAGAGGAUCGUCCAACUUCAGAAACUCGAUGUCAAAGUGCUGAUGAUGAGCGAGUUUCCCCGUCGGCAUCGAGUGCCGCCGAGUCGAUGGGCGCCUCAGUUUUUCCGCAUUUCCAUUUUCCAAAUCCUUCCCUACUCGCAUCGACUAUGAUGGCCGACAUGUCGAAUCCGCUCUCGCUGGUGGGUAAUGGACUCGACGUGGCUCAAGCACAGCAUCUACAGCAAGCUUAUCUCUCGCUCCUGUUGGGUCAACAAUUGGGCACUCCAGCCACAUCACCCUUGAGAAUGCUCUCAGCGCAACAGGAACAAGCGGCUCGCACAGCGGCAGCAUUGAACCCGUUCGCUCUUCUCUCUCAGCUCAACGGAUCGCAACAAGCUGCAGCACUCGCCGCGCGUCUUCAACAUCCACUGCAACUCAGCCCGAACAGUUUAAAUAUAAACAAAAAGCAGAGUCGACCGACUUUCACAGGACAUCAAAUCUUUAUGCUUGAGAAGAAAUUCGAGCAAACAAAGUAUUUGGCUGGGACGGAUCGAGCGCAACUCGCGCAAGAGUUGAAUAUGAGCGAGAGUCAAGUAAAGGUUUGGUUCCAAAAUCGCCGAACGAAAUGGAGAAAGAAAGAGGCGGCGGACAACGCUUUAUCGGGCAAAGAACACCAUCGAGCCGAGAGUCGAGAUGGAGAUUCCUCGCCGAUCACCCACCAAACACAGCAACAAGCAUUGCAUUCACUUCACGCUUUCUUGACAACCAAU